AGAUAAAAUCCGGAAUCGAUGUUUUUGCAGGCGUGGGGAUCAGUGGCUUUGAUCAGUGUCGAUACCAAUCCUUCGGUAUUUUUAACCAUAUAGACGACUUUUGAAGUGUUUAAAGAGAAGACUUGUGGUAUAACGCAGAAGGUUAGCUACCGGUUUGGGCAACAUAACUUAACCGUGCAAUAUAGCUAUGUCUAAAAGAGUUUAUGCCUGGGAAUUAUCAGAUUCCGAAAGUGAUUCAGAAUGUAACAUUAAUCCUAAACAGACAUACACGAACGUGACUGAAAAAGAUAGUAACAUUUUGCGUGUCCCUGAAAUUACCAGAACUGGUGCGGACCAUGGGACGCUAUCGAACGCAGUCGUAGUACUUGAUGAAGACGAAGGAGAUGCGAAAGACGUACUUAAACCUCCGAACCAAACUGAGCCAAGAACCCCGAGUCCUGGGAAAAAACGACGGAAUCGUGAGGAGGUUGAUGCUGAUCGCGCCAAAGCAGAGGAGAGAAGGGCAGAAAGAGAAAGAGCCAAACAGGAGAGACAGAAAAAGAAAGAGGAGAAAAGACUGGAACAGCAGAAGAGAAAAGAGGCUGCAGAACGACUCAAAAGUUACCGACCUGAAAAUUAUGUGAAGUGUCUAACAGUGCGAAUCCAUCCAGUUUUACUGCAGGAUGGAAGGUCGGAUGUUUUGACCGAGACUCUUUCAGAACUAGAAUGGAAGAGUUGUAUAGAGCCUCAUUCUCUGACUCAUAGCAUCACCUGGACACGAUCCCUGCCUCAGGAGAAUUCUGAAGAUGGAGAAGUUGAGGAAGAGCAGGUGCUUAUGGUGAUUUCUCUGUAUGAGUUCAUGGAUGUAGUGACGUCAGUCAAACAGAUUUUGCAAGGUAACUCAAGUCAGCAUGAGGAGUCCUCUCUGCUGACCGCACUGUCGGACCACCUGAAGACACAUACAAGCUCGGUUGUGACCAUGUUGGUGAUGGGUUCUCAGCAUCGCAAACGGGGUUCAUGGUAUCAUUCUCACGGUGACCUGCGUUCUCAGUUGGGUAUGGAUGAUGUGGAAUUAGAAGAGGUGCUAGUGUACCUGCAGCUUUAUAAGAGCGUGUGUGUCCACUUUCUGUACAACUGGAAGGAAGUCGCAGACCAAGUCUGCUCCUACACAAAGGCUCUGUCCAAACGUCCCUUCAAGGCCAUGUCCGAGUGCACUGAGCUGGGCUUCUGCGUAGACGGCGCGUGGGCGGCCGGCGCUCGGGUGGAGCGGGAUGGAAAGGGUCUGGCCGCGGUGUGGAGCCGGCAGCUUCAGCAGCUGAACCGCGUCAGCCCUGCGGUGGCUGCGGCAGUGACCUCGGCCUACCCCUCCCCCCAGCUCCUGCUGCAGGCGUAUGAGAAGUUGGAUUUGGAGAAAGAGAGGCGUGGUCUGUUAGCUGACCUAACAGUGAAAGGCAUGGUGAAGGAGAGGCGGGUUGGCCCUGAGUUUUCAUCUCGUAUCUAUCGCAUCCUCACUACGGAGAAUUCUCAGCUAGUGCUGGACUAAUGGUCAUGGUCUCUGAAUUAGCACAUUCGGUUUCAGAAUUGCUAGUGGUUCAGAGAAGAAAAUCAAGCUUCGCCUUUAUAAUGUGAUUUGGUGACUUCAGGCUGUAGAGGCACUCAAAUGCACUUCAUGCCGCUGGUUGUUACUACUCUAUUACUCUGGGUUACUAAUGUUUUUUACGUUGCAGAUUAGGUUCUGUUUCGUAUGUAUGUGAAGAUAGGAAAGCAUAUUUCAUUCAGGAACUUUCAGUGUUGUACAUAAAUAUUUU